UCAUCCCUGACCACUGGUCCUGCUAGCGAGGGAUGUUGGGAGUUGUAGUCCAACGACAGCUGGAGAUCCGAGUUUGGGAAACAGUGGUGCAGAGGGACAACGAAGGGACUGGUGGGAAGUUCUGUCCACCUGUCAAAAUGUCCAUCCCUGCAAUACGGAUUUGAAGUGGGGCCAGCAGGGGCCAACUGCUUCCACACAGCAGUUUUAUUUAUUGCAUUUGUUUGUUUUACUUAUUAAAUUUAUAUCUCUGACUUCCACCCAAAGGAGCCGAGGGCAGCAAGGUUUUGGGGGGCUCGGCGCUGUUCUUGCAUGCACGUUCUGUGCUGCAUCCACACAGUGUGAAGUCCUCAUAGACGUGCAAUCAGAUUCUGCCCCCCCCUCCAUUUAAUGCAGUUGUUGCCAUUUCCAUAUAUCAGAUCCUCAGCAGAAAUGGUAAAUUGUUCUUGAGCAAGUGCCCCGCUCCUAAUCCAACAUGCUAACCCAUCUACCACACUGGUUUUCUGGGUGUCUGGUGCAUGGAGUUUGCAAAAGCUGGUUCACAGUCUGUUCUGAUCAUUCCCAAACUUCUUGCUGGAUCUGCCGCAAGCAAAACAGACACAUGCUGGGACUUGGAGAACCCACCCAUAUUGGGAGUUUCCCUGUUGCUUCUCUUUGUGAUUCACUGCUCUGACAUUGCCUCUUUCCAAUUCUGCUCGUGUGGGGCCACAGCUGAUUCUGUCACAUGCCUCUGCACUGAGCAUGAGAUCCAUGCACUAAUUCUGAGUUCAGAGUUGGAAAUUGAUCGCAUGCCCUCGGAGAAGGUUCCCUGCUGCAUCUCUGUAUGAGUCACCUAACUGGGUGUGAAUCACUGAUUAGGCUGAGUCAAGCCUGAUGUAUUGAUUCAUGCAGACGCAAGAGGGAUGAGCUUCUCCAGGAUAAAUUCUCAUAUGUUGCACGUCCUUUAAAGACAUCUGACAGAAUCAAUAUGGUGUCGAGGUAGGAAUAGGUGAAUCCAGGUUCAAAUCUUCACACGGCUGUAAAAUCCACCUACCUCACAUAAUUGUUGCAUUGAAUAAAAUGGGAAUACUUGGUCACAAGUCCCAUUCAUUUACCUCUGUCUCCAGUGUUUAGUAAUCGGAGGUACUCUUGCCUUGAAGCUGGGUCAGGCCAGAGACCCAUCUAGUCCAGCAUCCUGUUUGCACAGUGGCCAACCAGAUGCCUCAAUGGGAAACAGGCAGGAUCUGAGCAACUCUGCCAUCAAGCUUUUAGCCCAAAUCUCCCAAGUUACUUAAUGCGGGCUAGACUUGAGUGCGUAGGAGUCCUUGCUAUUGCUUCUGGGUAAGGUAAAACCUGCCAUGCCAGGGGCUAUAGUGGCAUCUUCUUCCAGGAAUUGGCAUGUGACUGAGGCACAUGAACAGGCAGAAGCAAACGGGUGCAGAUUAAUUAACCUGGAGCCGCAGCAUGCAGCACAUUUUGCUUCCAUUGAAUUGGGGUGACUCAAUCCUCCUGGUUGAAUUUGAAUUAUUCCCAGCUCAGCCUAGCCUCAAAAACAGGUUGAGCUAGUUCCAUGAGUACUGUAGAUGGGAAUUAGUGUUCCUCGCUUCAGGGCUCUGAGCAUCUCACCUGAUCGCAGGGAGCCUGUCCCAUUAGACACCUCACUGGAUGUUUUUAAAACACAGCCUAAUUCUUCCAGAUGUCUAAAGAGGACUAGUUGCUGUGACUUGGCACGAGCUUUGUUUAAAGUUUCCUGGAUUUGCACAGGGCAAGCCGAGUGUGGUAGCAGGCAAGAGGUACAAGUGAGGAGACCUGGGUUCCAAUGAAGCUGCCAGGUGACCUUUGGCCAAUCGUAAUCUCCCAGCCUUCCAUGCUUUGCAGGGUUGCUGUGGGGAUAAAAAGGUGGGGAAGGGGGAAACAGAACUAUAUCGCUCAGCCUCAGCUCCAUGGAGAAAAGACAGCAUAAAAACAGCCAGGUAGAUCUUCUGAGUGCAAAAGAAAAACAAAGAAUUUAAUUAUUGGGAAGGAUGGGAACUACAACUCUCAUCAGCCCCAGCAAGCUUAGCAGGUGGGAGUUGUAGUUUAGCAACAUAUGCAGCCCAAGUUUGAGUUAUCAAAUUGUUGCAAGAAUUUGAUUGUCGUUAAUUCCCACGUUCCUUUCUGGCCUUCUAGGAAGUGAGAUUUAAACGACUCUAGGAGGAAGCCCUCCCAAACCAAACCUUUGGCCCAUCUAGCUCACUGAUCCCUACACUGACUGGCAGCAGCUUUCCAGGGUUUCAGGCAGGGGAUAUUCCCAGCCUCUACCUGGGAUUGAACUUCUGCAUGCAAAGCAGAUGCUACCCAGCCAUGGUCUUUCCCCAGGAAAGGACCAUAGUCUCAUCUGGCUUCCUUUUUGGAAGUGCCUAACACUAUAGCUUUAUUACACCAGGCUUCUAGGAACUGGACUGUUGUCAGAUGACACCCUUUUAACGUUUUGUUGGAAACGGGAAAGAGUGUGUGUGUAUAUGUGACAGAAGCUGGCUACGUUAAGACACAGUCAUAAUCUUGCCUACGCAAACUCCCAGCCUAUUAAAUAAGGUUUAAUUUGGCCGUAAACUAGUGGACAGGGACGGGCUUGCCAGAACUGGGGCUAAGAGCACAAGCAAAACUCUUCCUGUCCCUUAGGAUGAGAUGAGAACCUUCCCCAAAGUGCUGCCCAGGCAAGCAGCGUUGAACUACAACUCCCAGAAGUUCCAGGCAGCACAGAGAUGGGCAAGUCCAGGGCCAGCUGUUAUUUCAAAGACAGAAAAUGCCAGGCCCCCAAACCCUAUUGGCUUCUUCUAGCCGGUGAUCCCUGCUGAACUGGCCACUGCAGUACCAGCCUCCACCCACUAGUGGCGCUGUAAGCACCACAGGGAUCUGUUGUGGCUUGCAAACUAUGGGUUCAAGACCCACCGUGUGCCUUCCUGCCCACCUAAAUAGUUGAGACCUGUGUUUAGCUCUCUGGUGCUAGUACUUACCUCCAGCUCUGAAUGGACUUGUCUGUCUGUCUUAGGCUCUUGCGCAAGCUGCCCGUCGCCACUUCCUCCUCCUCCUCCACCACCGAGCAGGCUAGAUAGCCAACCUUAGAGAGAUCCCUUGUGGAUUUCAUGGAGACGGCAACACUUCUCUCUUCUCAGCUUAGGAGAAGCACCGGCUGGGGUAUGUUUUUACACUUUUCUAUCGGUGGCUGUGCCCCUGGUGGCUGGUGGCUGGUGGAACUGGAAGGGCAGAAGGUGAGGAGGCCAGCAGUGGAUGGAGCCAGAGCCAUGGUCAGGCACAGUCACCCCCUGUCCGGCUAGAAGAAGGCAGGCAGGCAGGCAGGCAGGUGGGGGACUGGCUGAGGUUGGUUGUAGCAGUGCCCUCCUAUUCGGCCAGCCUCCCCUGCUUUGUCUCUUCCCUGCUUAAGGGUGGAGAAACUGCAAGUGACGGGAGGUGGUGGCAUUAACAGUAGUCUGAGGUGUCUAAGUAAAAUAUAUAAAUGCAAGAGCCUUGCUGGAUCAGCCAAAAGCUUCAUCUUGCCCCAGUAUUCCGAUUCCAGUAGGGGUCAGCUGGUUGCUUCUGCCCACAGGCAGUGUGUGUGUGUGUGUGUGUGUGUGUGUGUGUGUGUACAUACAUCCCCAGCAAUUGGAAUUCAGAGGUAUAUAGAUGCAGCCCCCUCAGUCUAUAGCUGUUGAUAGAUGCUCUCUUCUGCCAAUUAGUCUAAUUCCUUUCAGGAAAAACAGAAUUCCUUAAAGCUAGUAAUAUUUGUCCUAAAACUGGAUUAGAGUGUCAUUUCCAUUACGGAUAUAUAUAUAUAUAUAUAUAUAUAUAUAUAUAUAUAUAUAGUGUGUAUAGAUGAGGGGUGGGGAAUGUCAGUCCUGGGGGCCACAUGUGGCCCUCCAGGCCUCUCUGUGUGGCCCUUGCAACUUUCUCCCAGGCUACCCAUCACCCUACCCUGCUUCAAACCUUCCUUGAGUGCUUUUGUGUGGCUGGUUUGCACCCUUGCGCUUUGACAUUGCUUCUUGCUUGCCUGAGGACAGAGAGGAGUGUGUUUGUGUAGAAACUAGCCUAACGUACAUAGCUAAAAUUUGCAUGUGCUUCACCCCCGCCCCACAAGAGGGAAUGCAAGCUCACGUAGCUACCCAUCCCAUUUUGGUUCUUCCUUGUCUUGGCUUCCCUUAAUACAGAUUCUCUCUCUCUCUCUGCAGAUUCCGUCAUGUCCUGCUUCUCCCACGUGUGGCACACAGAAGUGCCCAACUCUCCUCCCACCAGCCCCACCAGCCCCGUCCCGGCUGCCCCGCACGAGAUCCCUGUCCCCCUCAGCCCCAUCGUGAUCACGUCUCCCGCCUCGGAAGGCCGCCCCCGCGUGUGCUCGCCGGUGUGCUCUCCCACCUCCGGGAAGGUUCGGCUGGGCUCCCCCACCUCGCCGCAGCCGGGUUCCCCCAUCGAGUGCUCCAUCUGCUUCAACACCUAUGACAACCUCUUCAAGACGCCCAAGGUCCUCCAGUGCCAACACACCUUCUGCCUGGAGUGCCUGGCCCGCCUGACCGCCACCCUCCCCCCUCACCGAGUCGAGGACCAGCUCCCCUGCCCCUUCUGCCGCCAGAUCACCGAGAUCCCUCUGGAAGGGCCUCCGGGCCUCCAGACGAGCAAGGAACUCUUGGCCACCCUGCCUCCCGAGCUACAGAAGGAGAAAAUGAUCUGGAUGGAGGGCACUCGCCUCUGCUGCAGGCAGUCGUCCGACCCAGAGAGUGCCGAGCCCUGCAUCAGCAUCGACGUCGCCCCCAGCAAACCCGAAAUCCCUGUGGUGCCCCCAGAGAGCUUCAUGAGCAGGCUUGCCCGCUGCGACAUGUGCGAUGACUGGAAGCGCAUCAUGCUGCUCUCAGCCUUGAUCAUCAUUCUCUUCUGCAUCAUCCUGUGGCCGGUUCAGUGCGCCCUGAAGACGGGCAACCUCCGCUGCUUCACCAGGACUUACACGCUGAGCAGGCCACACUAUGUGCCACCGCCUCCAACCACCACCCCAGCGCCAACGAUGAGUGACAUUCUUGACCUCCUAGGGUGAGCCCCAGAGAGGGAGGGACUGUGUUUCAGUGGGCAGAGCACAUAUUUUGCACGCAGGAGGUAUUUUGUACCUCCAAGUUGAACAAAACCCUCUUGGCCUAAGACUGUCACAGCGGACAACUCUAGACUCUAGGUGGUCCAACGGUCUGGCUUUCUGAGUUCGGACAUCGGUGCUUUCUGCUCUCUCAACAUGCUCAUGCUGCUCUUUUGAGGAACCUCUGGAAACUUUUAAAUAAAGACAUUGCCGUUCCAUACACCCUGUGGGUUCUUCUGUGUUAACCCAGUUUGUGACUCCCAUGGCAAUGCAGAGAGCAAUGCAAGGUCAAGACCAGAAACUGUAGACACCUGCUGCUCCGAAGGAUGCCCACCAAAGAGUUACCUGGAAUGAUGCCUCCCCCCACGCCUAUCAUAUCAGCAGGAAUAAGAGGCCAACUGUUAAAAAUUGCACAGUGUUGUCCCCUGGGCCCAUUAUAUGUGAAAGGACAAUGAAAAGGGGACUUUUCCCCCAGAGACUGACUCCCUUCACCAACAGCUUGAAUGAAGCUUAUGCGCAAUUAUAUCUUGGAGUGGGAAGAGAACG